AUGGCUCCUUCACCGGAGUAUGAUAAGGAACCGAAAGCCCCUGAUAAAGCUGUCGUUAACAUUUCCAGUGACGAUUCGAAAAUUCAGUACAACCACACUAAAGAACAUUCAAGUGCUUCUGAACUUCGGUCUUCAACAGCGCCUUCCAAUAGUGAUGUAGAGAAUAAAGUCGUGGAGAGCCUAGACGACGGACAGUUGCGAGCACUUCUGGAUGAAGCGAUCACCUACAAGUGUCCCAAAGACCGAGAGGGAAAGAGCAGUCUCUUCAAGGAAUUGCUGGAGGAAGUGGAACAAGACGAGGAAGCGUGUGAGGCGGCGGCUCGAGCGGGGCGUGCGGGGAGGCGCGACCAUCACUCGAGUCUGCAAGACCUGGUUGCUGCCAUGGCAGCGGAACCCGCGCCUAGGCGCAGACACCAUCACUCGCACAACGUGUCGGCUAGGACCCACCACGGAGGGAGUUUGCCCUCCGGUGUAGAUAGAUCCUUCCUCUUUAGCGAAGAGCCGGCCCGUGGUGCCUACGUGGCCACAGUGCGAUGUGUCAACCCUCCACCUCUCGCCGAACGCCGCGUGUCCGCCAGUGAUGCCAACGCACCCGGUGAUAUCGAACUUGUAACCAGGCGGAGUAAGCCAAUGUUCCCGAUGACGUACACGGCGCGCGCUACCUUGGAGAUCGGCAGUGGCAGCGUGGGUACGGGCCGCGCGGUCACCACCACCACUGCCUCCAACCAGGUGCGUACCACCACUCCCCGCAGUAACCGCGACCUUCCUACAGCUGGCCCGCCCCAAAGGCGUCUCGACACUCCGGCCCUCUACGACCCCUAUGCAGGCCAAAAUAAACUCAUGAAGGCUCUCUGCGUCCGCAAGGAAUCCCCCUGCGACAGUGGUGGUAACGUACGGAAAGAGGCACCCGGUGGAAAGGAACCGCGCGGCUCCGACGCUAAAGAGAUGGAUACCGUCGACGUAGAGUGGAAUCGCAGAGUAGAUAUGUGGUACGAAAGCUUGAAUCGCUACACGCCACCACUCGAUUACCUCGGCGUUCAGCUGGAUGAAAAUUUGUCAAAGGAUCGUAGCGCUAAAUUAAAGGCUGUUGAUAGUGAUAAUAAAAAUAUAAUUAAUGUUAACGAAAAUAAUACUUCUAAUGUUGAUAAAAGUUUUAAGGACACACCGAGGAACAAGCUGGAUAGUGAAGACAGGGUUUUACAUUUAAGUGAUUGCGAAGAAAGUGAUAUUAGCCUAAGAAGACUUCAGAAGGUGGGUAGUGGUUUAGUUACACCAAAUUUAUCUCUGCUAAUAAAUCCAAGAAAUAUUAGAAAUAUGACAAUACAAAAAGCUAAUUCUUUUGAAGAUCUGAAUGAAGAUUGUGAUGCUAAGGAUAAUAUAGUUUUAAAAAGUUCUACAAAAAAAUCUAAAAUCAAAGAUAAAAAAAAUAAAAAUGAUGAAUCACCAAUUAUUCAAAGCACAAAAGAUUGUUUAGAACCAUUUAAAAAAAAUGAUACUUUAACAAGCAACACUUCUCCACGUAUGACUUCACAAAAGAAAAAAGGUAAUUCAGAAAAUGGAAAAGAUCAAGAGAAAGAAAUGGAAAAUAAAGUACUAGACGAAAGUAGUUCCUGUACUUUGAAUAUUAAUGAUUUAAAAGAAUUAGAAUUUGUGAAUAUAAAUAAAACAGAAACAAAUUUGGAGAGUGGCAAAAUUAAACCUAAUGCCUGCGAAAAUAGGUCUUGCUCAGAAGAGUGUUCGGAAGUGCAUCAAUUGGUGGCAAAUAAAUAUGAAAAAGAAAGUAACAACAAUCUGGCGUCUUACGAAAAUAAUUUUGAGCCAAUUUCCAAAGAAAAUACACAUAGCGCAUCUCAAGAACACCAGGAUUUCGAAAACAAAUUCAUUGAUUCUAAAAUAUCAGGGAACAGUCCUAGUAAAUCGAGUUCUGGUGAAGUUAUCACUUCAAUCACCGAACAAAAAUUGGUUGACAGCACAGAAAACAAAUUAGGGCACGAUAUAAUAAAUCAAUUAAGGAAAAAAUAUGGAAUAUCAGAAACAAAAACUGUGCCCGACGCAGCAGAUAAACAUGACAAAAUAUUCUCGAAAAACGACGACAACAAACCAUUUGAUUUCGCCGAUUCCUGUAUCUUUCUAAGCAUCCGCGAGAGCCUACUGAAAUCGAGAUACUUUAUAAAUCAUCCAGCUAAUAAAAUCACCGAAGGCGACAAUAACGCCAAAGAAACCUCUGUCGAAAAAAAAUCUAAAAAGAAAAAUAAACAGAAAGAUAAAGAAAACCCGGGGCCCGAUAAGAACAGUGCCUCUAAAAAGAACGCUUUAAAAUACCUUCUUUAUAGUGAUUGCACAACUAAUAAGGCCAAAGAAAAAUCUGCAAUCGCUAAUAAGAUCGAUUCCGCUAUUCCAUUCAGUUGCAUCACAACACCAGAGGUUGUGGCAAGUUGCAACACGACGUCUACUACGCAGUCUACGGUCGUCGUGGAUCCAAAGCCACUGCAGUUGGAGUCGUGCUACAACGCCGUGGCCAGCCUCACGGGCAGCCCCCCGGCCCCCGCCGCCGACGCCUCCUCCGCCUCCGCGCCCCACGCCCUGCAGUUGUCUCGCAACGUGCUUCCGACGAGCUCCCUCGGCGGCCUGCUCCUCGCCUCCGAAUCCUGCCCCUCCGCCGACGAGAACAAGAAGUCUCUAGACGAAAACGGAAAUGCGGUCCACGGAUUCAGUUCGCCCGCCUCGGGAUCCAGUCAACAGAAGAAGCCGAGGCGGAAAAAGUCAUCGAAAAACGAGACCGUGAUCAAGUCGCACCAGAUAGACGGCUACCAGGGCAACAAAGACCUCAACGAGGUGUUGCGAUUCAUCGAGUCGAACGCGGACGGCGCGCGAGGCUCCAAAGCGCGCGCCAAGCACAAGGACGACUCCGACGACAAAGGCAAGAAGAGAUGCGCUGACCGUCGCAAGGACAAAGAGAGCAAGGUGAAGCGUGCCUCCUCGCUCGAGGAGCGCUCGCGCACCAAGCUGGAGGACCUCACCGACAAGCCCUCCGCGCACCGCCGACCCGCCGCGCCCCCCGCCAAGCCCGAGCGCCGCUCGUGGGGCGACGACGCCCGCGCCGCGCUGCUGCUGCCCGACGACGCCGAGCUAACCGACUUCCAGACGGUCACCAAGCGCCGCAAGCCGCGACGCCGGCCGGACGACGCCGAGCCGGCCCGGCCUCCGCCCUCGCCGGAGCCCCGCGCCUCGCCGUCCGAGCGCAGCAACGACUCGAACGACGAUUUCGACUCGGCGCACUCGCCGCCGCCCGCGCCCGUUCCGGCGCCACCUCCGCCGCCGCCGCCGCCCGCCCUGCCGCCGCCGCACCCGCCCGCCUCGUACGCGGACAUCGCGCGCACCCGCAACAAUAUUCCCGAUCUCAUCGAGUCGUGCAACUUCUACGCCGAGGGCGAAGAGCCGACGGAGCAGCCGGCUCCCGACCGGAAGGCCGCCGCCCCCGCCGGCGAGGCCAUGGAAGGCUACCCGGCGCUGGCAGUGCGGCGGCCCCGCGACAAGGCCGGCGGGGGCGCGACGAGGCCCCAGCGCAAGGAGCGAGGCGAAGCGCGAGCGGCGGAGCCGGCGCCGGACGUGGUGGCAGAUCGCCGGCCGCCCGUCAUCUUGUUGGCGGCGGCGGCCAGGGCCCAUGGCGACAUGGAGGGCAUCACGUUCGGUUUUGACGUCAACGAGCAGCUGCUGAGUGGCGGCAGGCGCGCACGUUGCGACCUGCUCGAGGGCGUGCCGGUGCGGGCGGGCUGCGCGGCUUUGCGCUACGUGCCGCCCGCGCCGCUGCCGCACGCCACGCACACGCACCAGAUCGUCGACUACGUUGGCACGGCCUGGGAGGACAUAAUCCGUUGCAGUAACGGCAAAGUGCGGUAUUUCAGCGAAUAA